CUGUUUGAUCGUUAAAUCGGUCCACCUGGCAGCCGUAAUAUCUGUCAGUGCUGGGGGUUAUGUAACUUAUUAUUGUGUCAUUGUAGCCAUGUACUGGCUGGCUGAUGGCAGUUGGCAUUGGAUUGCCGUGGUGUGGAUAACUCUAGCUCUGAUGUUUUUCCUGGCUUUGCUCCUACACAAGCUGGGCAGCCAGAGUACCACCAGGACUCUACUUUGUAACGUUUUCCAAGAUGCUAUCAGAUACGGAAAGACAAAAACUGGCUUGCAGCGACCUGCCUGGCUACACUGGUUAGAUGUUCCUAAAAGAUGGUUUUAUCAUUUCUACAUCGUUUCUAUCUUCUGGAAUGGUGUUCUGCUCUGGCUUCUCGUUCGGACUUGGCUGUUAGGCUUUGAAACUCCAGAAUGGAUUAAGUCCAUACAUUAUUUAAUCAGGGAAGAUUCUCAACAGACAUCCGGUGAAGAACUAUCAACGAUGCUGGCUCUUUCUCUCAUAUGGCUUCACAGCGUUCAAAGAUUAGUAGAGUGUCUCUUUGUGAGUGUGUUCUCCAGUGGCGUCAUCCAUUUGGCUCAGUAUUGUUUUGGCCUGAUCUAUUACUUGCUAGUUGGAAUAACUAUACUUUCUUAUUCACGGCUGGACACCAAAGCAUUCUCUGUGGGAGAUCUUCUCAUGCAAGGUCACUGGGGCCAUGCCAUUGGACUAAUGCUUUAUAUCUGGGCCUCCAUCCAUCAGACCAGGUGUCAUGUUAUCCUUGCCAAACUCAGGAAAAAUAAAUCCGGAAAAGUUAUAAAUAUGAACCAUGUGAUACCCCACGGAGACUGGUUUGAGAACGUGUCCUGCCCACAUUAUUUUGCAGAGCUGUUGAUAUACGUGUCUAUUAGCAUUGUUUUUGGACUUGUGAACACUACGUGGUGGUUGGUGGUUCUAUAUGUUCUGUGUUGCCAAGCAUUGACUGCUGCCCUAUGUCAUGAGUUUUACCAUGAGAAGUUCAAAUCCUAUCCUGCUCACCGAAAAGCAUUUAUACCAUUUCUAUUUUAAAUAAAUGCUAUUUAUUUACUGUGUUCUUAGAUAUGGUUCCUAGUUAUAUGGGGGCAUUAUCUGUUUGUUUAUGUACAUGUAUAAGUCCUAUAUCAUGUUGAUUAAAUGUAAAAACUUUGAAUUCU